CCAACACGCCACACCUCAGCUAACGUGGCCAUGUACGCCACCAAUAAUGGCAGCACAAAUAAGGCGCCAAAUAGCAAUGCCACAUCGAUGUUUGAUAAUACCAUUACUGUGACGCCGAUCAAAAUGGAGCUAGGUGACGCUCUGGCCAAGUCUGGCUCCACGGCCACAACGCCGGCCCUGCGGCGGCCAAACGCCGUCAUUGUCACGUCACAGCAGCUGACAGUGCCCAUGCAAACGGGCUUGUCCGUAACGAACAGCGGCGGCGGCGGCGGCGGUGGGAAUGCGGCAUAUACGACGGGCAUGAGCGUAACAUCCACCACAAUGACGACGACGGCGCCAAAGGAGAAACCGACGAAAGCGUCGCGCGUUCAAGCGGUACGCAAGCCGCCACCAACGAUUGAAAACUUUUGGCCGAACAUAUUGAGCGAGGUGAACGGCAUUGGUCAGGUGGAUGCCAAGCAUCAGGUGCUGCCGCUGGCGCGCAUCAAGAAGAUCAUGAAACUGGAUGAGAAUGCCAAAAUGAUAGCAGGCGAAGCGCCGCUGCUGUUUGCCAAGGCCUGUGAGUAUUUCAUCCAGGAGCUAACAAUGCGCGCCUGGGUGCACACCGAGGAGAGUCGUCGACGUACGCUGCAGCGAUCGGAUAUUGCGCAGGCGAUUGCCAAUUAUGAUCAAUUUGAUUUCCUUAUCGACAUUGUGCCGCGCGAGGAGAUCAAACCCUCAACCACGCAGAAAACCAAAGAGCCAACCAGCUCGAAUGUAUCAGCGGCAGCUGCUGUGGCUGCUGCUGCCGCUGCUGCGGCAGCAACUGCUGUUGCCAGCAAUAACAAUCCCAACGCUAGCUUCACAACCGGCAAUGUUGUGAGUGGCGCCAAUGUACCUGUGGCUACUGCUGCCGCCGCGUCUGGCCUCAAGCUGGACGCCACUGCGGCCGAAGUGCUCGGCUUCAGCACAGUCAAUCCGGAUCUGUUUGCGGCGGCAGCCGCCAGCAGCAAUCAGCAACUGCAGCAGCUGACAACCCAACAGCAUCAGCCACAGCAAGUGCAGAUCAUACAGCAGGGCGCCGGUGCACAGCAGCUGCAGUACUUCAUUGCGCUGCCUGGGCAGCAGCCCACACAACUGGUGCAGCAGCUCCAUCAACAGCAGCAACAGCAGCAGCAGCAGAACAGUCUCGGUCUAAAUAUUGUUGCACAGCAGCCGACGCAGCAGCUAAUACUCACCGCCGGGCCCAAUGGCCAGUUGACAGCGACGCCGGCGCCCACAACAGCUGCCCAGCAGCAAACGGCGCUGCUCCAAAACCUGGCCCAACAGCAACAACAACACCAGCAGCAACAACAGCAGCAACAGCAAAUACAACUGCUGCAGCAGGUGGUGACGCCAACGGGCGAGCUGACCAAUGUGCCGAUUGCCAUCAAUGCCAAUCAGCUGCACUUGCUGCGUCUGCAGAUGCAACAACAGCAACAGCAGCAGCAACAACAGCAGGUUGCUGCUGUGCAGGCUGCAGCGGCGGCGGCAGUGCAGCACAAUCAACAACAGCAGGUGAUAAUACCCACGCAAUUGCUAACGGCGCAGCAGAUACUGCAGCUGGGCGGCACGCCCACAAAUGCAACAACUGUGACACAGCAGCAGCUG